AUGAAGAUCGCUACUUCCAUUGCUUUGGCUCUGUUUGCUGCUUCUGCUGAAGCCUUUGGCCCUGCCGCGCCUGUCGGAGGCAGCGCCUUUGGUGCCUCCACAUCGUUUUCUCAAGGUGGUAUGACCAUGAGAAUUGGACAUGCCGACAUGGCUCGUCGCCAAAAGAUCAACAAUAUCCUUGGGACCAAUCCUACCAAAGAGGUCGUUGAAGAGCAACUUUUGUCCGCCAGCAACGAUGUUAUGCUCAAGAAAAUGAACUGGAAGCUUCGCAAGUCAACCAUCCGCAAGAUCAAGAACCAAGCGCAACGAUAUGAUAUCACCGUUGACCCAGCCUUUGGACAGCCGCCAAACCAAGCCGAAAGAGAAGCCUUGGAGCAAGCCGCCUCUGUCGAAUACAAGAAGCAAAAGGAAGCCAUUGCCAAGGCUAUGGCUGACCAGGUUGCUAAUCUUAAGGCUGCAAAAGAUGCAAAGAAAGCUUCCAAAAAGGCGACUGCAGCUGCAGCCCCUGCUCCUGCCCCGAAAGCAGAAAAGGCUGCUGCUCCUGCUGAAGCUGCACCUGCUCCUGCAGCAGCAAGUGCCGGUGGCGAAAUCACCCCCAAGACCAUCAAGGCACUUCGUGAUGCCACUGGUGCUGGUAUGAUGGACUGUAAGAAAGCUCUUAUUGAGUCCGAUGGAGACCAAGAAGUCGCCGCAGACAUCCUUCGCAAGAAGGGUCUUGCCAAGGCUGACAAGAAGGCCAGCCGUGUUGCUGCCGAGGGAAAGAUUGCGUUUGCUUCCAAUGGCCAAAAGGCCGUCAUGGUCGAAGUCAAUUGCGAAACUGACUUUGUCGGAAAGGAUUCCAGUUUCUUGGGUUACUGCGACAAGGUUGCCAGUGCUGCCCUUAAUGUCAAUGACGACCAAGUCGAGACUCUGAUGAACGAGGAAUCCGACGGAGAGAGCCUUGAGACCACUCGCCAAGCGUUGGUCUCAAAGAUAGGAGAAAACAUCCAAGUCCGAAGAAUGCAAUCACGUGGUGGAGACGGUACCACAGUCGGAUGCUAUGUUCAUAUGAAUCGUAUUGGAGUUUUGGUCGAAAUUGAAGGAGGAACUGAAAGUUUGGCCCAAGACGUUGCUAUGCACGUUGCUGCCAUGAACCCUCCUUUCGCUACACCUGAUGAAGUUCCAGCUGAUGUCUUGGAAAAGGAAAAGAAGCUCCUUUCCGAACAAGCACUUGAAUCUGGAAAGCCACCGGAAAUUGUCGAAAAGAUGGUCGAAGGCCGCAUCCGCAAGUACCUUGAAGAGAUCUGUUUGAUCAGCCAAAAUUACGUCCGGGACGGUGAUAAGACUGUUGGACAACUCCUCGAAGGAAAUGGAGCAAAGAUGAUCGGUUUCACCCGUAUCGAAGUCGGAGAAGGUAUUGAAAAGAAGGAAGACGACUUUGCCGCUGAAGUUGCCAAGAUGGCUGGAGGAAACUAA